GAGUACGCAUGCGCACUUCAGAGACUUCCGGAGCACGAACUAUGUGGAGAUAGCACGAAUUACGGCAAGGCUUUGAUCGUGAGUUUCAUUUGAUGAAGUUGGUUGGUGAAAUUUCCCCAGGGAAAAAAUUUCAGAAUAAGGACUUUAUGAAAAAUAUUAGUUGUCAAACGGGCUGCAAAGUUUCCUGAGAAGUUAUCUCAUAUCUGAUGCAAUAUGGCAACAACACAUCGUCCACUCUUACGGAUAAUCACAUGCCUCCAAGAGAGGGGACAUCAUGUGAAGUUCUCGCCUGUAGGAUUUGUACGAUAUUUAUCCAGCACAUGUCCAGAGAAUCAGACUGCAGGAAGCACACCCAUCUUCAGAGCUCCAGGUUCGGGUAGAGGACAGGAAGGCGGUGGUGCUGGUGGUGGAUCAUCUCGGACAUGUCUCCUCGGAGCUGCGGCGUUAGGACUGGGGAUGAGUGCUCUGUACAGUGUUAUAAAGCAGCGGGAUAAAGAGCUGUCCAUGAGGACACGACCUCUCACCAACACUCUACUCCACUACCUCAUACCUACAGCCCAUUGUGCUUCUCCAUACAAAGGCGACGGUCCGCGGUAUAAGUACAACUUUAUUGCAGAUGUCGUGGAGAAGUCAGCGCCUGCUGUAGUUUACAUUGAGAUAUUAGGACGGCAUCCAUUCUCUGGUCGUGAGAUCCCUAUUUCUAAUGGCUCUGGCUUCAUCAUCAGUGCUGAUGGCCUCAUAGUGACCAAUGCCCAUGUUGUAGCCAACAAGCGUGGGGUUCGUGUCAAACUGGCCAACGGCGAGACGUACAAUGCCACUGUACAAGAUGUGGAUCAGGCUGCGGACAUUGCAACAAUUAAAAUCAAUGCCAAGAAUCCCUUGCCCACGUUGCGUCUUGGGCAGUCGUUAGAUGUACGUCAGGGGGAGUUUGUGGUUGCCAUGGGGAGUCCCUUUGCUCUGAGGAACACCAUCACUUCUGGAAUAGUUAGUUCAGCUCAGAGAGGCAGCAAAGAACUGGGCCUGUCCAAUGGCGACAUGGACUACAUACAGACUGAUGCCGCCAUAGAUUUUGGGAAUUCAGGUGGUCCACUUAUUAAUUUGGAUGGUGAGGUGAUUGGUAUUAAUACUAUGAAGGUGACUGCUGGGAUUUCUUUUGCCAUUCCCUCUGACAGACUUCGUCUUUUCCUUGAGCGUGCUGCUGAUAAAAAGAGUUCUUGGUUCAGUGGCUCUGAAACUAAACGGCGCUACAUAGGAGUGAUGAUGUUAACACUAACACAGAGUAUAAUUGCUGAGUUGAAGAUGCGUGAUCCCUCGUUCCCUGAUGUAACACAUGGAAUCCUCAUCCAUCGCGUCAUCACUGGCUCUCCAGCCAACAGAGCGGGUAUGAAACCUGGUGACAUUGUGGUGGAAGUCAACGGGAAAAAGGUGAACACAUCAGAAGAAAUCUACAAUGCAGUACGGACAAGUGACAGCAUCAACAUGGUGGUGCGCAGAGGUCAAGACCUCCUGAUGCUGCACAUUUCCCCUGAGUUCACAGAAUAACAGAAAACAGACACAGUAUUUUGCCUUAUGGAAAAAUUGCAGACAAGAAAUAUACAAAGAGGAAGAUUUUUUUUUUUUUUUUUUUUAAAAAGUUAGCAUAUUCUGAAGGGAUGUUAGAUGACUAGACUUGAGCAUAUGUUAACAUUUAAUUCAUUUUUAUUUAAUUUCAUGUCACAUGCCCAAUGGUUCACAGGAUUCAUUUUCUCUCUGUUAUUGUGGCUUGUUGAAACAAUGAUGUGAUGGGGCAGAUGUGCAUAUAUAUACAAGUUUCAGACAGUAUAUAUAUUGGAAUCACAGUUAAAAAUGUGAGACAUUAAACAAGCAAAGCUUGCAAAGUUUUUGAAAAGGC